UUAUCGUCACGCUUAAACAACAAAUGAUCAAAGAGUUUCGAUAUUUUCCCUAUUUAAAAUAUGACUCUUCUGUAGUUACAUCGUGUAAGGUUACUAAGACCGACGGAAAAUUUAAAAGCUGUGAUUUUGUUGGCCGAUAUGGCUAGGAACUAUAGUCUCAUUCCGGCGUAAUAAUCAAGAAACGUUGCUGCCACACAUGCAGCAGGCGCAAUGAUAUUAUGCAGCGCCCGACGCACGUGCGUUAUUACGGUUACUUGUCUGGUCGGAACUUUACUUCCGGUUUCUGUUUGUUUAGUGGCCUGACUAACUGUUAGUGGCUAAAUGAACUCUGGAACAAAUACCUCGUCAAAAAUAACAAAUGUUUUGGUUUCCUAAAGACGAGGGGAGAUGGCAAUUAUAAAUCACCACUAUGUGAAGUGAGGUUUGGCAGCUGGUGUGUAGUUUAACAUUGUAUACAUUUUACACAGCAGCGUUAGCUCAGUGUCGUUUUUAUAUGUUUAAGCUAUGAAAUAUAAACUAAGGUAAUCUACUUAUUGUUUGUUUUGCUUGUUAAUAGAAAUAAACUACUCUAAAAGGAAUUUGUUGUUAUAGACCAUUUUAUUGUUUGUAAACAAUGAUGACGUGGCAGCGUAUGCGCGCGCAUUUUGGCAACGGAAGUAUGGCAAGAAGAAUCAGCAGUGAAGCAGCACAGACAGAGAAAGUUAUUUUAAAAAGUUGACUAUCAAUUUUUCAACACAGCUACCAGAUCCUAUACUAUAGUGGAGUUGAUAGAAGGCGUUAGCAGAUGGCCAAAUAUAAAGUGGGCAGAUACAUAUAUAUGCAACCAAACGCAACAAAGUGAGGAACAACACCACUUUCAUUGCCGUGGGCUGUAAAAGGGUCUAUUGAUUCUUAGCGGAGUUUGCCGGAAGUUACGUGUGUUGCACAAAAGCCGUUUUUUAUGUUGUUACUGCUGAAACCGUCUAUAGAAAGUUACCAAGCCAAGGGUACUAUGUUCGGGCGCUGUAUAAUAUAAUUGAUAUGACUGACUAAUGAAAACAGUCACAUGCUUGUAAUUCAUUUCUGAUAAGAAAAUUACAUUAUAUCUUUUGUCCUUAAUAAACACAGUAAACAAUCUUCUAUUUAAUAAGUAAAGAAAUAUCCUAUAGGGGUCACACUGUAAGAAAGAUUUCUAUAUUAACAUUUGUUGACUGUGUUUAUUUGUUGACUGUCUGUUUGUUUAUAUUUUCGCACUGCAUUACAUGAUCUUGAUUUCUGCUCCGAGAACCUUUGGUGCCCAUAACAGAGGUACAGUAUAAGCAGUACAAGGUUUUAUCCAAUUGCUUCAGUGGGAAGUCAUUUUAUGAAGAGAAUGUAAGAUUGUGAAGUGUUUUAUUGACAUUAUUAGUUUUAGUUUAAAAUGAUAAACAUCCAGUGAUGCUCAAUGAUUAGUCAGGGUUGCCAAGUUUGGCUCCCAGGCUGGCCUGAGAUGAAAACCAUUAACAUUGCCAUAUUUCAUUUCUCAUCCUCUUUCUUUCUCUUCAGCUUGACCUUCCUGCUUUGAUAUACAUGUCUUUGCUCGCUCUGGCUAUGCACUGCACAGUAUAAUAUUUUUAUAUGUAGGUCUUUAAUAAGACUAAAAGUGUGAGGACUGAAGUACAGGGACAGCCUGAAGUGUACUGGUGAAUAUGCAAAACCUAAAUAAAUGCCAUCAUGUGAGUGUUAGUUUUUUUUAAUAUACUGACACAUUUACGUUCUGUGGUCCUUUAUGAAAAUUUUCCAUGGGUUUUAAUAGUAAAAGAGUAAAACAUGUUUUUGAAAUUGAUUACAAGUGUAUUACCAUUUUUUUUUUACUUAUAAAUAACAUGGUUAAGCUAUGGUUACGGUAGCAAAAGCUGUUAAUUUGUGAUAAACAACCAUAGUAAGCUUAAAAACUAAUAUCAACAAUAUUAAACAUAAUUUCACAUAACAACCCUUCUUAUUUUCAGUAUAAAAAACUGAAGUAAAAAUAUUUAGUGAUUAAGUUAAUAAUUAUUAUUAUUUAUGACUAUAGAGGUGGAAGACUUUGAGGAAAGGGAGACUUUAUCUCAUCACGAGCCUCUCCAAGCAGUGAGACUGCAUAGUAAAUAUAAAGAAUUUCCAUAGAAAGUGUUUGUUAUAGAUUUCUACUCUUUGCAUCUGUCUCAUAUAUCAAGUGUAUCAAUUUGCAUGAUACUUUUUCAGCUGUAAAGGCAAAUUAUUUACUGUCGGCUUAUUGUUUUUGUUUUUCACGUAUCAGGAAAUCCUCUGUUGUUGAGAGUGAAUCACUCACAGAGGAGUGUAGUGUGGACCGGUCGAUCCACAGCCUGCCAUCAGCCUCAGAUUGAGGUGACCGAUGGUGAUGUGGAGAAUCCAGAAGAGAGCGUCUCCCUGGAGCAGUCAUCAGCUUCCCGUGAACUUUUCUGUGGGUCACAGUGGAACCUGAAGAGUCCACAUCCUCAUCUUCUCCAGAAGAAUCAAGGUGUUUCUCAAUGUCAAGGAAGGAUCCUCGGAAGCCAGAAUUUCGAGGAUGCUACGUCAUCGACAUCCGUCGAAAAAUAUCCCAUAUACAGGAAAGGAUGCAUAUGUGUAGCCUUCACGCUCUUCGCACUCUGAAAUCACCCACAAUCCUAUGCGCGCAGUGCCGAAAGCACAUCUUAUUAUUACUGACAUAAUAAUGCAAUAACGUGCACUUGCUAGCCUGUUCCAUUUAUGUGUUCUCCGAAUGCUAAGAGGAGCCUCGCCUUGCCUCUGAAGGAAGUAACUUGGAACGACCAGUCCUGCCUAGGAAGUACCCUUGACAUUGAGAAACACCUUCAGUCUACACACCACAGGAUAAUAUCAUGGGGACGGAGACUAGUAGUCUUCACGAGAGGGCGGAGACUUUAGUCUUUGAUUUAGUCCGUGUGUCUGGUUGCGGAUACGUGUCUGCAGGCUUCCGAUUUAAGGUAGGGCUUACCCUGUUUAGGUUUGCCCAAACCUCACGGUUGGCUAGCUUGCACACUGGCAAGGGACACGAUGGACAGGUGGAUUCUUCGGCUACGAAGAGAAGAGCGGUGGGGUCUGAAGCUGAUUGACAGGUUUAUCGAAAGGUUAUAGUAAUGCAGCUGUGCACCACCGGCGAAUAUGCAAAACCCAAAUAAAUGCCAUUAUGUUCAUAAACAUGAUGUGUUUUUAAAUUCUUUGUUAAGUCUGUUCAUUUAAACAGAUAAUCCACAGAGUAAUGUGAGAUCCGACUUGAACACGUGAGGUUUUGGCCGUGGAGCUGAAGCUCUGUGCAUCUAGGUGGAGAUUUCUUUACAUGAACUUAACAGCAGUGUCUUAACCGCAUACUGUACAUCACAAGAUGUCAUCAACGCAUGACAGUGAGUUAUGCAUCACAUAUAUCAGCAUCGGUUACAAAGGAAAAAAGGGCCUUCUUUUGUCCUUCUGCACCUGCCCCAUGCGGAGUGGGUAUUUUCACUAAAGAGAUGAAAGUGGGAAGUGAAACAGUUACUGGUGCAGGACGUCAGUGCCCUGAUAAAUUGAUGAGGGCCUAUUCUCAUCUUGAAAAUGGGUCGACGAUCUUUUUAUAUAGAAAAGAUCGUCCACUUGUUAGCAUUCGACCGGAUGUCCCGGCACCUCCUCAACCCACUGAGCCCUCCAACUCUGUGAGUAGCAGUGUGGAAAGCGAUGCUUGCCCCUCGGAGCCUGCAGUCGCUACCAGUGCUGUUGCUCCACAGGUGGAGGAGGCGCUCAUUGGGCGUGCGGUGCAGACAUCCGAGGAGACAUCAUCUCUGAAGCCGCCAUCAGCUCCUCCAAACACAGCUUUUCCAGCUAAGAAUGAUCUCUGGUACACAGUUCCACAGCUUCAAUUAGGGGAAGAGCGGGAUGUGGAGGUUAGGCCGAAGUGGGCCAGACUGGCAGGAUGCGGGAGUGAAAAUCAGUUUCCCACCGUAUUUGCGAGUCCAUCUGAUUUAGAUCAAGAGGACUUUCCAAUGGAGAACCUCCCCUCACCUGCUCCUUGUUUUUUUUCAUCUCUCUCUGCUUUGUUCUCAGCAGCUUUUCCAACUAAGAAUGAUCUCUGGUACACAGUUCCACUGUGUACCACAGAUAAAGAGGAUGUGGACUCUGAUCUCUAUCAUCACAAAAGGGAGGAUAUCAUGGAGACAGAGACUAGUCUCUCUGAAAGGGCGGAGACUUUAGUUUUCGAUUUAGUCCGUUUGUCUGGUAGCGGAAGUGUGUCUGCAGAAUUCCAAUUUAAGGUAGGGCUUACCCUGGUUAGGUUUGCCGAAACCUCACGGUUGGCUUGCAGACUGGCAAGGGAGACGAUGGACAGGUGGAUUUUUCAGCUCCAAAGAGAAGGGCGGUGGGGUAGGAAGCUAAAGGACCUCUCCAGGUUUAUCGUAAGAUUUCCCACCGUAUUUGCGAGUCGAUCUGAUUUAGAUCAAGAGGACUUUCCAAUGGAGGACCUCUCCUUGGAUGAAGAGAAUGAGGACCACCCCUUACCUGUUCCUGUGGUUGCUCCAGUCCCUGAGGAGCCUCGGGUUGCGGCCCUCCCCUCACCUGCUCCUGUGUCUGCUCCAGUCCCUGAGGAGCCUCGGGUUGCGGCCCUCCCCUCACCUGCUCCUGUGUCUGCUCCAGUCCCUGAGGAGCCUCGGGUUGCGGCCCUCCCCUCACCUGCUCCUGUGUCUGCUUCAGUCCCUGAGGAGCCUCGGGUUGCGGCCCUCCUCUCACCUGCUCCUGUGUCUGCUCCAGUCCCUGAGGAGCCUCGGGUUGCGGCCCUCCCCUCACCUGCUCCUGUGUCUGCUCCAGUCCCUGAGGAGCCUCGGGUUGCGGCCCUCCCCUCACCUGCUCCUGUGUCUGCUCCAGUCCCUGAGGAGCCUCGGGUUGCGGCCCUCCCCUCACCUGCUCCUGUGUCUGCUCCAGUCCCUGAGGAGCCUCGGGUUGCGACCCUCCCCUCACCUGCUCCUGUGUCUGCUCCAGUCCCUGAGGAGCCUCGGUUUGUGGUCCUUCUCUCACCUGCUCCUGUGUCUGCUCCAGUCCCUGAGGAGCCUCGGGUUGCGGCCCUCCCCUCACCAAUGUCUGCCCAGCAAAAUAAUGAAGAUGUUUUUCUGGAUAUGGAAGUUGAUUACAACUCUAUACCUCAGUUUCCCACUGUAUUUGCGAGUCCAUCUGAUUUAGAUCAAGAGGACUUUCCAAUGGAGGACCUCUCCUUGGAUGAAGAGAAUGAGGACCACCCCUUACCUGUUCCUGUGGUUGCUCCAGUUCCUGAGGAGCCUCGGGUUGCGGCCCUCCCCUCACCAAUGUCUGCCCAGCAAAAUAAUGAAGAUGUUUUUGAGGAUAUGGAAGUUGAUUACAACUCUAUACCUCAAUCUUCACCUCCUCACGAUUUGCCUGUCCUGAAGGCGGCUCCACUCCUGCCUUCCCCUAGGAAGCGCAGAGCUGCCCCCACACAGCUUCAAUUAGGGGAAGAGCGGGAUGUGGAGGUUAGGCCGAAGAGGGCCAGACUGGCAGGAUGCAGGAGUGAAAAUCAGUAA